CUCUUGUCCGCUUCCAUCUUUCCCACUACCAUCUCCGCUCUGCAGUCAUCUCUUUCCCCCGCAAAGACUUUUCAUCCACGCACCUUUCCCAUACCACCUCGACUUUUGCAAGACCGUCAUCUACCUACCUACUUCGACCAAGUCAUACCUCCAGUCCUAAACCAAUCGUCAAUCAAGUCUAGACAAACACGCAAUCAACAUGGCCCCCAACGCGACUGCCGCCGACCUCGCCACCCCUCGCGAGAUGGGUCCUGAGCACAACACCAACCAGCCGGGCCCUUCCACUGGUUCUGCUACCAGUGGCAAUCCUGGUACAGCCGCUGUCCAGGGUGUAUCCCAGGGCGACCACCAUGGCGACGAAGAGAAGGCAAUGGAAAUGCAGAGAAUCCAUGCCGCUAUUCAGGAGGAGCGCCGAGCUCAGAUCGAGGAGGCGAAGCGCCAGGAGGCCGAGGAUAAGGCCGAGAAGGCGAAGAAAGAGCGCCUGCAGAAGGCAGCUCAGAAGGAGCAGGCGCAGAAGGCGCGCAUUCAGCGAGCCCUUCAGGCCACCCCAGAGGAGGUUGCGAAGCACGAGGAGAGGAUGAAAGAUAACGAGGAUGAUAGACGUCGCGAGCGCCACCAAGCUGCCAUUAACAGUAGCAUUAACGGCUACCUUGAGGCCAUGGGAAGAAAGCCCAGACGCUAAGGGAUCUAGCACUCUGCAAGGAGUCUUGUGAUGCCUUUCCCGUCUAGUGUUUUGAGGUUUGGGUACGUGGAGCAAUGAUUCAGUAGCGACUUGCAUCUUCUCACGGCUACCUAGUAGAGGCAUUUUCUGAGGGCCCC